CCCCUGUAACGCGGCUCGGAUAUUGGAGCGUUAUUCUUCCCCCCAGAUUGCCAGUGUGGGUGAGUAAGUGGGCGCAUAUCCUGGAUGUCACGUAAAGAAUAGUGAAUGACUGAGUUUGAGCGGGUUUCUGGUCGGAGGGUGGAGAAUGCUGAAUAUGUUCCAGACGCGCAGCACGAAAGAGGUGGAGAGCAGCGGAGCGGACUGACAGAGACUCUCCAAGAGUUAGCGGGAUGUUAACGGCGUUAGGAUGUGAGCUGAACUUGUGGUAGAAUGGCCCCUUAUCACACAUGGAUCUGUGAGGGAUGGCAACUUUUCACCACCACCACCACCACUACAACCAUCAACAUCAUCACCACCCUCCGAGCACGGACCUGCGGCGGCUUUUCCACCGGCUCACCAUCGCGUCCUCUCUGAGCAUCCUCUGUUUCUCGUUGGUGUAUUUUCUCACUGGAUGCUGCGAGUCGGAACUGACAGAAAACUCUGAAAUAAGGUCGCCCACGAGCGAAUUCCUCGUGUCGGGGGCAGGAUGGCCGUACGAGAGAAACGGAACCAGUGUUACCAAAGAAAGUGUCACCGCAGCUGGAGAAAGCGCGUUCGGCAGCGAUCAUUCCGGGCUGGAAGCGAACAGCUCCGGGAAAGAGUGGACAGCCACUCGGAGGUUACCCCAGGCUCUGAUCAUAGGGGUUAAAAAAGGGGGCACUCGAGCACUGCUGGAGUUUCUGCGGCUCCAUCCAGACAUCCGCGCCCUGGGGUCUGAGCCGCACUUCUUCGACCGGCAUUACGCACGGGGAUUGGACUGGUACAGAAGUAUGAUGCCCAAAGCCCUGGACGGCCAGAUUGUUAUGGAGAAGACGCCUCGUUACUUUGUUACCGUGGAAACACCAGCACGAGUCCAUGCCAUGUCUAAAGAUGUGAAGCUGAUUGUGGUCGUCCGUGACCCCGUGACCCGAGCCAUAUCUGACUACACACAGAUCAUCUCCAAGACCCCCAACAUCCCCGCUUUUGAGAGUCUGGCCUUCAAGAACCGCUCCACAGGUCAGAUCGACUCUCUGUGGAGCCCGCUGUGGAUCGGCCUGUAUGCCCAACACAUGGAGCGUUGGCUGGCCUGGUUCCCCAGAAAUCAGAUCCAUCUGGUCAGCGGGGAAAGGCUCAUCUCAGACCCAGCCGGAGAACUGGGCAAAGUCCAGGACUUUCUGGGCCUCCAGAGGAUUGUCACGGACAAGCACUUCUACUUCAACAAAACAAAAGGAUUCCCCUGCCUCAAAAAGCCAGAGGGAAGCAGUAAGCCUCACUGCCUUGGUAAGACAAAAGGGAGGACGCAUGCCUCCAUCAACCCAGAAGUGAUUCAGAGACUGAGGGACUUCUACAAGCCCCAUAACCAGCGCUUCUAUCAGAUGGCAGGACAGGACUUUGGAUGGCAGUGACCCUUUGAUUGGGUGGAACUUGAGGCUUUUUUUUUGGCGCUGCUUUGAGUAGAAGCCUGUGCUAACAUGCCAUCUGACUGAGGCAGAUGCAGUGACUACGAGUGCAGAAGAGAGAGCCAAUUAUCUGCUUAUGACCAGCCAAGCAGCAUUGCACAGACCUGAUAAUGAAAACCCUGUCAGUCCAUUCAACUCUACCAAUCAAUCACCUUCUGUCUGAAAGACAGCCAUGUCUUUUUAUAUACCAUAGACGCUCAGUCAGAGUGGUUAAAAAAAAGCUUUUCUGUGCAAAGGUGGUCAUGAGAAUGUGGUUGCUGUGAGUUGUGGCUGUAUAAUUGUAGAACAGUGAAAACACUGUAGCUUUUAGCAUCUCUGCAGUUUCAUCCCGAUGCUCAGUACAAGGAACUCAAGAUCUGACAAAUUUUCACACUCCUGAAUUUCCAUAACUUUCUCUUUCAACCUGUUUAUUCUCUAAUCUCACUGGUUAAGAAUUUAAGAGCAAUCAGUGCCUACAUAUUGAGCACCAUCCUCCAAGCAUUGUUUCUGAAAUAAAGCGGGAUGAAUCUUUUAUGUGGGGAGCAGCAGAAGAGAAUCGUUGUAUGAGCUCAGAUUUGACUGAGUGGUUUUGUAUUCUUGAAUAAUGAAUGUGGAUAAAUGGAUGUAGGGGAACUGGUGUGGAUCGCUUGCCUCUUGGCACAUUUAUGUGAAGGAUUUAAGUUAGUAUCCCACUGCAAAGUCAGCCUCCUGUGCUGUACCUUAUACAAAGUAAAGGGACCACUGGAGGACAACAGAAAAAAGACAAGUUCAAUCAAUGUGAGGAGGUUCGGCCCAUCGGUGGACGUGACGCACGGAGCUUUCCUGCUUCUGCUUACAGGGUUGUCAGCUUUCAGUUUGCAUGUAUUUGCACUAGUAUGAAGGCUUGAAACACACAAAGAUUUCUUUCUCACAGUUGCUCUUGCUCAUUGUUUGCUGAAUGACAUCAGUGCAGUUGUUUUGCAAAUGUAAAUCUCUUUACAGCUGACAUGCAGGGGCUGCAGGUUGCCUCGGCGGUAAGAUUCAGUAAGUCUGGUGGUAUCUGUAAUAAA